AUGGAGAAGAACAUCUCCUGUGUGAGCUGCAUUGUGAACAUAUCGACAUCACGCGACAGUGAAUCGCCGGGACACGUGCCAGAAAAUGCAAGUUAUCGGGCUGUCGCGUUAAAAAAGCCAAAUCGUUCCUAAGGACGAGUGCUUCUGGUAUUUCCAGCGGUCUUUUGGCACGUUUGCAGCGAUCGGAAUAUUACCCUUAUGGUUGCAGCAUUGUCUACUGGGAAUUUACGUUAUUGAUAUCUACACCUGUGUUUUACGCAUCAAAUAUUUUCUGCUAUAUCCUUGGUCUUCCAUCUUGCAUUUUUACUACAAGGAAUGUCUUCUCGAGAUUAUGAUAGAAGAAGAGGUGGCAGUGGUAGCGGCAGUAGUUCAAGCAGGCUACGAAUGGACACGAGUGUAUCUCAACCUCGACCGCAUGGCGAAAGUUCUAAGCGAAAAGAAAUAGACAACGUGAUGCGUAAAGCACGCGAGUCACAAUCAAGCUAUUGGAAUAAAAAAUUGUUGGAAGCGGAGGAGAGAGAUCCGAAUAGAUGGCGUCACAGCGGAUACAAAGAGUUGUAUGUUGGCGGUACCAGCAGUGGUGAACCCAGUAGAGGACAUCCCAGAAGUCCGAAAAGCCCUAGACCUCGUAGUCCUCACAGUCCACGUCCGCGCACUCCACGAGUAAGAAGUCCGCGAUCACCGCGUGAACGUUCUUCCCGCGAGCACACUAGAGGCAGACCGACUGCACGUAGCCCUAGCACAGGCAGUACAUGUUCCGAUAGAUCGUGUUCCGUUUGUUCGCCGAAAGAACGACGACGCGUUGCACCACCAUCUCGCUCACGUUCAAGAUCGAUCACUCCGGUUCGGGCUAGAGCACAUCCAAAGGAAGUGGUAGCGUCCAGUUCGCGAGCCUUACCGCCACGUACCAGACCGCGGUCGCCACCUUUGCCACGUCCACGUACGCCACCGCCGGCACCACAGCCGCCACCGCGUCAUCAGAAGGAUUACAAGACUCUUAAGGAGAAAGAAUCCAAGAUUCGCAGAAAAGAAAAGCAUCACAGCAGAUUACCGGAAGAUCCGCGAGUACCAGAUCCCAUCCCAUUGAUGCGCAAACCAGUAAAAGUAGAAAAAACGCACACGAGUCAUGGAGCAGCACAAAUGAUGCGGCCGCCCCCAGAAUCCUCGCCUAGUGAUGAUAGCGACAGUUCCUCGACUACAUCUCACGUUGGACCACCAAGAAUGACAUUAUCCGAACGAUUUGGUAAAAUGGCACAGUGGAGUGUGGAUCGUAGAGAUAUGGAAAACAUGCGUAUCACAAAAGAUGGCGAGAACGCAAUGAAAGUCGUUAUAGAAGGCGAGGAGAGAAUUGCGCGCUUGGGUUAUGAUUCCCCACCUCCCGGGCAUUAUCCCGAGUCGCUUCUAGCGCAAGGUCCGAGAGGUUUCGAGUGUUGGGACGAUGUGCGCGUACGGUAUGACUAUUACAAGGCGAGAGGGUAUCUUCGCGACCUCACCCUCGACGAUUACAUCAAGUGGGAAGAAUGGUGGUACAAGUAUCAGGAAUGGCUCGAGGCCGAGCGUUUUUACGAGCAGUGGGCUUCGUCAAACCGUCCAUCUGGUGGUAGUCGCAAGAGACGAGGACGACGCAAUAACACUGCUCAUUAAAAUUAUGACAAAUCUGCUACAAUUUAUGCUUUACUCAAUAACCUACAGGAUGUAUCGUGUAUGAUAUCUAUACAUUUAGAGUAUGCAGGAAGUAUGUAUGUGUAAGUGCACUAUAUGCAUCGUAAUAAAAAGUAUGAUUGUGCGAAACGAAAAAUAAAAUAAAUACAUUAAAUGAUUUCAGAGAUUCUAUAUAUCUUAAA